AUGCCUAUUCCAAUCCUCAGCGAACCACCUGGCAAACCCAAUUCCAGCUAUGUGCUCCCCGUCUUCAAUGGCGAGCUCUGGACAAUUCCCACCUCAAACUCCGUCAUGCGCAUGCUCGUCACCGAGAAAGAGUCCAAAGGCGACUUCGCCGUCGUCAGCACCGGCGGCCAACAAGACAAUCCAAUCGGUUUCCACUACCACCGUGAAGCCCACGAUGUGUUUCUCUGUCUGAAGGGAAGCAUGAAUGUCUGGGCCAACGACUCUGCUCGUACCCUCUUGCCUGGAGAUUUUGCCUCUGUGCCUCCCAACGUUGUGCAUCAAUACCAAAUCCUAGGCUCACAUACCGAGUUUGCAGGACUCAUUGUUCCCGGCGGCUGGGAAGAGUUUUUUAGAUUCAUCGGUGAGCCAUAUGCCACUUCACCCAUGGGACCUUUAUUCCCUACUCGCGACAACAGAAACCCUAUGGAAGUACUUGUGCCCAAGCUCAUCGCCGCAACUGAGAAAUUCGACAUGGUGCCUAAGCGCGACCAUAAAGGUGCCGAACCUGUUCUCUGCACAGACAAAGACAACAAACUCAGCAAUUCGGCAACAGAGCCUUACUUCCUCAAGGCAGAUGCUGGACCGCGAUAUGCCAGUGCUGGUUUGCUUGUGAAACCUCUUUGCCAGAAAGCAGAUUCAGAUGGCAAGUUCAGCAUUGCAAGACUCGAAGGUUCCGCAGCGAUAAAGUCGCAGUAUCUGGCAUACAACACGUUGACUUUCGAGACUUCGCAUCACUGCUUCUUGGUCGAUAUGGGUAGUUUCCGUUUGACUGUUGAUGGCCAGAGCUCGGAGAUCAGUGCUGGAGAAACCAUUUUCGUUCCUGCUGGUCAAGAGUUUACGCUAGAGGUUGCGAGCAGGUAUGCCGCCUUGUAUGUGUUUACCAAUGGUGGAGGCCUGGUGGAGAUGUUGGUGGGUAUGGGCAAGGAAUAUGGCAGCCAGAUCAUUGCGGAAGACUUCCCCACUGACGCUGGCGAGGUUAACGGGCUUCAAGAGACGGUCGGCGUCAGAAUUGGCGAGCCUUUGUAA